ACAAUGAGACUAAAUAAAAACAGUCACUUUCGCCUCGCUGUGUAUCGAUUUAUGAUGACAUCAUCCAGAAAGCCGACUGGUCUUAAAUAGAGAUGAUAAAGGUCGGUGUGUCAGAUCGAUAAUAGGUUGAUAACGCUAAUCGAGAUAUGGCAGCAGUCAGCUUCUCCGAGGCGCUCUGUCAGCCGUGCGUUUAUCACGAGAAAUUCAGAGUUGAGCUGAAUGUGAAGAGACCCCUGAUGCCUGUCCACCUGAGUCCAGAGCAGGUGGGCCUGGAGAUGCUGUAUCUCUGUGGACAACUGGACCUUCUCAUCAGGGCACAGGUACACCAGUUCCAGGAGCAGCUGAGACAGGACUGUAGCCCUGAGGAGUCGAACACUUUCCAGGAGCAAGGGGCAGAGAUUAUUGACCAGAUGCUCCAAUGCUUAGAACACCUGCCAAAACCUAUGCCGCACCUGGAGGACUAUCUGGACAUGGUGGGUCUGUCGACCAUGUACCCUCGCGUGGAGGUCUUCCUCAUCCAGGGCAGUCCAGUAGACAUGCUGGAGAAACCCCCAAUGGACGAAUACUUCUCACACAUCGGGAGGCUCAAUCAGCUACUAGUACUUAGUCAGCAGCUAGAGGAGGAUGUGAAACAUCUCGGGAGCCACAAAUACAUCGCCCACCAGCUGUCAGUCAUAUAUCAAGUGCUCAGCUCAUUCCGAGGCAUCCAGCCGCUGUCAGUCCUGAAGAAAGAGAUUGAGGCCAACUUCAGACAGAUGAAGACGUCUUUGGUGACAGAGGAGGGCUCCAGGCAGGAGCCUCAGCUCCCAGCAUACUACAUCAGCUGGAUAUUAGAGCUGACUCGCAGUAUAACGUCGACAGUCUCCUCGCUACCAGAGGAGCUCACUGAAGACCUGAGUCCAGCCAUGACAUUUGUGUCCCAGCUAUGACAUCAGACCUGACCUCUACCUGACCUCACAACACUUAACAUUGGGCCUGUGUUAACUAUUACCAACCCGUGGAGCUGAGGGUCAACAUUUUAUACUUUUUUAAAAAUUAAUUUCCGACAGACCCACCCAGUGAUUCAAGAAUGAUGUUUUGACAUAUCAAUGUCAUUUGAUUGAAUAGGGUCCCGAGCGCUCAUUGGUUAACCGGAUUAAUGUGUUAUGUGUUAGGCCAAAUGUCUAAAAAGAGGUGCUAAAUAAUGUUACUGUAUGAAAUUGCAUUUUAACAAAUUAAUGUUUACAUUGGCCAAUAAAUUAAAUUGAGAGAUAAGCCUAUAGACUGAAAAUCUACUGAAUUCGGAAUGUCAAUAACAGAGAUUGACAACCUCAUGAGUCAUAGAUUUUAUAAAAAAAAAAAAAAAAAAAAAAAUAAGUAUGUGGCUGCGGAUCCGACUUUUUGGGGCUUCUGCGCAUGUGCGGAUCACGUUCUACGCAUGUGUAUAUUCUCUACUUUAUGCAAAGAGAACAGGCUAACCAGGCGAAUGGUGGUCGUUUAAUAAAGUUAGAUCGAAGCUGAAUCCAGAGAAGAACGACUGCCCCCUCUCAUUGAAGCCACGGAAGUUCAAGGCCGACCGCGGUACAGCAGGCAUUGUUAGCAAAAAAACAGGAUCCCCCAUUAUAGUGUAUGGAAAAAUAGAAAUCCUCAUGGUCAAUCUUCGUCUAAAUAAAUACACAUUUGAAAGACAAUCAUGGUACCAAUAAUUGCUUCUAAUACACCAGCUGUAUGUCAUUGAACCGAUUAUUUUAAAAUCGCAGACAGAAGAAGUUAUAAGGAUAGUUUAGUUGCUAAUGGCAGCCUGCAAGUACCCCAGUUGGCUAUCAACUUGCGUUACUCAGCACUGCAAUGUCUCUUCCUGGAGUACCUCAAACUGCGCAUGUUAUGUAUCCCUGAGGUGAGGAGCUGUCUGGACACGCAUGGUGCCCAAAUUGAUGACGUCUGUCGAGCAGCGAGAGUCGAGUGGAGACCAACGGAUUCGGUUCAGUCAGUCGUCCUGAUGAGCUAGCUAGUUUAUGCUUGUGGCUAUAAACUUCAGCGAGAAUUUGAAACUUGUCUGCCGAAGUUGGGAUUUGGGAGUGUUCAGAAUCAUUCCAUUUUUAUCGUAGUAACUUUAUUUUUUACAAAAAUGUAAAGUUAGACGUUUUAGUUGAAAAUCACUACAAUAAAUGUGCUUUAGUUGGAACCCUGUUCUGAUAUUGGCUACACUAUUUAGCUACUUCCCUCUCCUUACUGCGGCAAGCAGGAGCGAAGGAUACUGGGCACCAUGUUGUUGUGUUGUCGGGUUGCAGCGCAAACGCUCCCCAUCGAGCAGUGUAUACUAUCACGGGGACAUCCAGAUGGUUACUACAAAUACCAAGUUAUUUCUUAUGUAUGUAGCCCAACCGGCCACAGAUGGCACUAUUACGCAUUUUACAUAUUUUCUCGUCUGCGUCCAAGAGUAUACACUCGUGUCCCCCGGCGACCGGCCUGUACAUAAAACAUUCUCCAUUCAGGUUACUUCCUGAUGUUGCACAAGCUUAUGAGCAAGGGGUAAACAACAGACUGCUGCAUAGUGGUUGGCUGAACAUCAGGAAGUAGCAUUAGCCACUCUAGCAUGGUGGUGGAAAAUUGUGUUUUAUUUAGACAGUACGCAUAUUUUCCCAGUCUUUUCUGCCAGCUAACCAUUUAAAGCUAGUUUAGGAGGAACUCCGGACACAAGUGUAUAACUGGCUGCAUAGAGUCCAGUUGUACACAGAUGACAAAUGACGUACAAGGAAUAAUAGUGCCAUGUGCGGCCGGUUGGGCAAUCGUGAAGCCUGCUUUCCUACUCAAAAUAAAUACUAUAAGUUAUUUCCCCCUUGCCGAUCAAAAUAAACAUCACUUUAUUUUACAAGUUUUAUUCAUUCUACUGGAUCAGUGUCCCGAAAUCGGGACAGUUGUUGCUCAAUAUGCGAUAUUUGACUAGAAUGGCGUUGUAAACAACAGCCAACU